AUGUCCGGAAGAAAUCGUACGGCACGCGGUCCCGACAGAGUAACACCAGAACACCUGAAGAACCUUCCGCCAGUACUCAACAGCUUGGCGAGGCUCUUUACACGUUACCUGUCGGAAUGCAAGGUAUCACGAGAGUACAAGAUGCCGCUCUGUCUCACCUUCAGCGCCUUGAAGAAGGCCUUCGACUCAGUUGAGACGGAAGCGGUCAUGGAAGCCUUGGACAACUAA